GCGAAUCUAAACAUCUCUUACAAACUGUCCGUGGUCUGUUUCUCACUUGUCUCUCUCUUGCCUUGCACUUUCUCGCUCUCGUUCUUUCCCCAUGACCAUACCUACUUGGGAAUGUGGGGAAUUAGCACCCCAAUCUAGUGCAACAAGACGGUUCUGAACUAAGUCAUCACCCGUACGCCGAUCACCUCAACCACUUUGAAGUUGCCGUUCGCCUUCGACUUGACCAACUCACCAGAUAAAUUGUUGGCCGAGCGCCAACGGAUUGGAGAACAAUGACGACUAGUACCGUAGGUCUAAUCGACAACUGGUAUCCUCCCACAAGGGAGAAUUACGAUCUCAUUCUCUCCUUAUGGAAGUGGUUCCCCGUGGCCGCCUCCCUUCAAUGGGGUAUUUCCUGGUACGGGAUGGGCAAGACAUCAGUCACCAGCCGCCUUAACCUGCCCGGCCGAAUUGGCUGGCUCACCAUGGAAGCACCUGGCUUCAUGACCCUGGUGUACAUGAUGCGCACCCUCCCCGCCCAACAUGGCUUCACCCUCAGCGACCUGCCCUGGCAAAACAAGGUGCUCGCCGGCCUCUUUGUAUUUCACUAUUCCUAUCGCGCCCUCGCCUUUCCUUUUCUGCAGCCCAGCAUGGCGCCCAUACACAUCGCCAUCUGGCUCUCUGCGCUUAGCUUCCAGAUUAUCAACGGAACGUUGAUCGGUGCUUGGCUCGCCGCCUACGGUCCCACGAGUCACGCGGCGUGGGACAGGCAGCUCUUUAGCUCGUUCCCCACGCUGCAGUUUACUUGCGGAAUUGCGCUGUUUUACGUCGGUCUGAUGGCGAACUUUUACCACGAUGACGAGCUGCGGGAGAUCAGACGCCGGGAAAACCGCAGGCAGGAAAGGCUGGCGAAGCAGAAUGGGCAAAAGGGGCAGCCGGGGAAGAAGGUAGGGAAGCACUACGAGAUCCCCAAGGCGGGACUGUUCAAGGUGAUGCUUUACCCGCACUACUUUUGCGAAUGGGUUGAGUGGCUUGGGUUUUACAUGGCGGCAGGCUGGGGAUGUCUGCCGGCGAGGUGUUUUUUGCUGAAUGAGGUGGCGGCCAUGUUGCCGAGGGCGGUGAAAGGGAAGCAGUGGUAUAUGGAGAAGUUUGGGGAGGAGAAGAUUAGCAAGAAGUGGGCGGUUAUUCCGGGGGGUUGGUGAGCUUUGCAUCUCCCAUGUUUUGAUGGUGGAUUGGAAAGCGAACCAAGGUCAGAGGGAAGGAAGAACAUGGACGGCUGGUGGCAUUACUUGAGUCGGCAUCACGAUCAUGAUCGAUUAUUGAACUACCACUUCAAGGAGCCCAUGAUCAUGUGUUAUGUGUCUGAUCCCGAGAUACCAAUAGAGUCAGAUGCCAACUGUGAUUACAUAUG